AUGAAGGGAUUAUCUAGCAGCCGUAGUCAUCAUCAUGGGGUUACCUGUGACCCUCCAUGUGACAGUCUGCCACAUCACCCGGACAGGAAGCCAUAUUUGUUAAACCCAGUGGACCCUCAUCCUGCAGACCACCCUUACUACACUCAAAGGAACUCUUUUCAGGCAGAGUGCAUGGUGCCCUACAACGAGCAGAUUGCCAGCAGCACAUUUCCUCGGAGACAUUACAACUCCCACCACGAACUUAAGGACGAGUGUGCUCUGGUUCCCCACGGAACUGCCAACAAGACUAAUCGCAUUCCGGCCAACCUUUUGGAUCAGUUUGAGCGGCAGCUGCCCCUGAACCGGGAUGGCUACCACACUCUGCAGUACAAGCGGACUGCCAUGGAGCACCGCAGUGACAGCCCAGGGAGGAUCCGGCACCUGGUUCAUUCUGUCCAAAAGCUCUUUACCAAGUCCCAUUCACUGGAGGGACCAUCCAAGGGGAGCGUCAAUGGGAGUAAAGCGAGCCCAGAGGAGUCACAGACGAUGAGGUAUGGGAAGCGCAGCAAGAGUAAAGAAAGGCGAUCAGAAGGUAAGCCCAGAUCCAAUGCAUCAGGAUGGUGGAGUUCAGAUGACAACUUGGACAAUGAUGUUUGCAUUUAUCAUGGUCCCAGUGGGGUCAUGACCAUGGGAAGAUGUCCUGAUCGUUCUUCUUCCCAAUACUUUAUGGAAGCCUAUAACACUAUUAGUGAACAUACUGUGAAGUCAUCCAGAAGCAAUAAUGAUGUCAAAUGCUCUACCUGUGCAAACCUGCCUGUGAAUUUGGACUCCCAGUUAAUGAAGAAAAGCUCUUGGUCCUCUACAUUAACCGUGAGCAGAGCCCGUGAAGUUUACCAGAAAGCAUCAGUUAACAUGGACCAGACAGUGGUGAAGGCAGAGACGUGUCAACAGGAACGGUCAUGUCAGUACCUCCAGGUUCCUCAAGAUGAAUGGUCUGGAUACACUCCACGAGGGAAAGAUGAUGAGAUUCCCUGCCGACGAAUGCGUAGUGGCAGUUACAUCAAAGCCAUGGGGGAUGAUGACAGUGGAGAUUCAGACACAAGUCCGAAGCCAUCUCCAAAGAUUGCUGCACGGAGAGAGAGCUAUCUUAAGGCCACACAGCCAUCCCUUACAGAGCUCACUACCCUCAAGAUAUCCAGUGAACACUCGCCAAAGCUUCAGAUCCGGAGCCACAGUUACCUGAGGGCAGUGAGCGAAGUCUCGAUCAACAGGAGCUUGGACAGCCUGGACCCUGCAGGGCUGCUGACGUCCCCCAAGUUCCGCUCCCGCAACGAGAGCUACAUGAGAGCCAUGAGCACCAUCAGCCAGGUGAGCGAGAUGGAGGUGAACGGCCAGUUUGAGUCUGUCUGCGAGUCAGUGUUCAGCGAGCUCGAGUCUCAGGCAGUGGAGGCGCUGGAUCUGCCAAUGCCCGGCUGCUUCCGAAUGAGGAGCCACAGCUACGUGAGAGCCAUCGAGAAGGGCUGCUCCCAGGACGAUGAGUGCAUCUCGCUGCGGUCCUCGUCUCCCCCGCGUACGACCACUACGGUGAGGACCAUCCAGAGCAGUACUGGUUCAGUAAAGCUUAGCAGUGGCGGGGAAAUGUCAUCCUGCAUUACCACCUAUAAGAAGACACCGCCUCCAGUCCCACCGAGAACAACCACCAAACCAUUUAUUUCCAUCACAGCCCAGAGCAGCACGGAGUCUGCCCAGGAUGCAUACAUGGAUGGGCAUGGACAGAGGGGAGAUAUCAUCAGUCAGUCUGGACUUAGCAACUCCACAGAGAGCUUGGACAGUAUGAAGGCACUAACAGCUGCCAUUGAAGCUGCUAACGCGCAGAUCCAUGGCCCAGCAAGUCAACACGUAGGAAACAAUACUGCCACCGUCACCACCACCACAACCAUUGCCACUGUUGCAGUAGAGGACAGAAAGAAGGACCACUUCAAGAAAAACAGAUGCUUAUCUAUUGGAAUACAGGUUGAUGGUGCUGAAGAAUCUGCCAAAUCAGGUGAAAACAAAGCAACUAGUAAGUUCCAGUCCAUAGGAGUUCAAGUUGAAGAGGAGAAAUGCUUUCGCAGGUUUACACGAUCUAAUAGUGUAACAACAGCUGUGCAAGCAGACCUGGAUUUCCAUGAGAACUUUGAAAUAAUCGACCCUCAAGAGGACAAUAUGUGUUCUGGACAAAUGUCAAGACAAUUUUCCCGAGAUGCAAGCACCUCUACCGUUAGCAUACAAGGGUCAGGAAACCAUUACCAUGCAUGUGCAGUGGAUGAUGACUUUGACACAGAUUUUGAUCCGUCCAUUUUACCUCCUCCUGACCCCUGGAUUGACUCUAUCACUGAAGAUCCUCUGGAGGCUGUUCAAAGGUCAGUGUGCCCACGAGAUGGCCACUGGUUUCUGAAGCUACUUCAGGCAGAGAGAGAUCGUAUGGAGGGCUGGUGCCAACAGAUGGAGAGAGAAGAACGGGAAAACAACUUACCUGAGGACAUUCUAGGGAAAAUCCGAACUGCGGUGGGCAGUGCCCAGCUCCUAAUGGCCCAGAAAUUUUACCAGUUCAGAGAACUUUGUGAAGAAAACCUGAAUCCUAAUGCACAUCCACGGCCGACCUCCCAGGAUUUAGCAGGGUUUUGGGAUAUGCUGCAGUUGUCCAUAGAAAAUAUUAGUAUGAAAUUUGAUGAACUUCAUCAGUUAAAGGCCAAUAAUUGGAAACAGAUGGAUCCUCAUGACAAGAAGGAGAGAAGGGUCCCUCCUCCAGUGCCAAAGAAGCCAUCGAAAGGUCAGGUGCCGCUCAUCCGGGAACGCUCUCUGGAGAGCUCGCAGCGUCAGGAGGCCCGGAAGCGGCUGAUGGCUGCCAAGCGCGCGGCGUCCGUCCGGCAGAACUCAGCCACCGAGAGCGCCGAAAGCAUUGAGAUAUACAUCCCCGAAGCCCAGACCAGGCUAUGAAGGGAUCCGACCAGGAGGACUCUCUCUGGCAAGACAAGUCUCCUGUACAAUCUGCCCCUCUAGGCUCCUGCUCCAGGUCACCACCACCGAGUAUUUGUACCUCCUCCUAUCUCUGCUCUCUCCCCCUUCCCCUCCCUCCCCUCUCUCUGUACACAGUCCCGGU